AUGGGGAAGUCAAGAGCAAAGUCUGAACCACAACCUUCCGAUUCUCGCCCUUUGAUAGUGUUUCCCGGAGGAGGAAUAUACUUCUGGUGGCAAGCAGGGGUUGUUCAAGGCCUGCAGAAAAGGAUCAAUGUUGACUCCUUCGACUUCACUGGAGCCUCCGCGGGCUCUCUGAGCGCAGUGUUUGCAGCCUGCGGUGUCGACAUGAUGCAAGCGUUUCAUCUAGCGCAGAAGCUGGCGGAAGAAAAGAACGUGUGGACGAGGAAGGAGGGGCUGGCGGGGAUAUGGGGCGACAUGAUCUACCAGUGGCUGGACGAGCUCCUGCCGGAGAACGCGGCUGAGAUCUGCACAGACCGAGUAGACAUGGUGGCAGUCUCUGUGACCUCAGUACGGUUGAGCUUCCUCCCCCUCAAGCGCAAGUCGAUCACACGGUUCAAGACAAAGAAGGACCUGAUCGAGGCCUGCAUGGCCUCUGUUCAUGUCCCCAUGUUCCUGGAUGGGAAGAUGUCUCGAUCGCUCGAUGGUGAUAUCUGCGUCGAUGGCUCCAUCACGUUUGUGUUGAGAAACAAACCAUGGCACUUCAAGCCGCAAGACCGCAAGCCGUCCUUGAUGAUUCACCACCAGGAUGACAAGGAGCUCAUGGCAAGGAAGUGGAACUUCCUGGAGACCAUCUCGCUGGAUCAAUUCGAGGAGAUGUUUGAGAUGGGGCAGAAAUAUGCAGAAGAGAUGAUCGACAAGAAGACUCUUGAAUCCUUCAUACAGGAAUACUCAUGA